CGUUGCCUCACCAAACAUUCUUGUCCUCGGGCAGACCAUUUACCCAAUCGGUACCGUGCUACGCCGGUUGAGCAACCCAGAGAUAACGCCAGAUCCAGCAUGUCUCAGUAUCGUCUACUCAGUUGACCAUAGACUAGUUUGCUUCCUAGACGCCAAGACAACUGUACCAUGGGUGGGCGAUAAUAUGUAUGGAAGAACUUUUAAAACAGUUCAUCCUCAAGGAGCUAAGUUGGCAUGGACUACUUUCUCACUGCUUGCUUUCACCGCAGUUGGGUAUACUUCAAGUGAUUUCUAUAUUAGGACUGAAACCACACAGCCUUCCGUACAGACCCGGUCGCUGAAGUUGACUGCCCCACAGUUAUCGUCGACAUACGAUACUACCUUGACCACAGAAACGACGCUAUCUUGGAUCAUCUUCUGUGUUGCCCUGCAGCAACUGUCCCUUUGAGCCGGCAGAGAGUCUUUAGAGUUUCCAGUGCGUUUUCCUUACUGAUCUUUUUUUGCUGUUGCUGCAGUCGAUGUUAAUAACAACCAUGCUGCCUGCAUCUACCGGCUUACUGUCUCCGGGAGCUUCGGCAACGAGCGGCAGUAGGCGUGUGAAGCUCCACUUUAAUUCCAUCAUUUUCUUGUUACCAAGGGUUCAUCUUUUCUUGCUACACAGUGUGCCUAGGAAGAUUUCUCGCAGUAUCCCC